CCGUGUCCUCUUCGCUGUUCCAGAUCGCAAAGCUCACACCUUGACGCUGCUUCGGUGCUUCUUCGUCUUCGAUCGUUUCUAAUACUAGCGUCCCUUCCCAACCCCCGUCCGACGCGUUUUGAUCCGCUUUGGAUCCGAUUUCUUGGCCAUCGUCCCCGAAUAGGACGGUUUUCUCGGGAAAUAUCUCGCCGUUCCGCUCGCUAAAUCCGCGGUGAGCGCGCCGAGGGAUCACGGCUGUCCGCGAGGUGCGCACGAUUCCCCCACCGGUGCCCCCGCUUGCGUCUUUGAACAAAACUCCGCCUUUCUUACCCAGGUAUGCCCAUUUCCUGAGUACGAGCGUUGACUCCGAUCAAAGGUUGCGUCUUGCGGUCUGUUUUCUCUCUUGGAAUUUUCUCCUCGCCCCAGUCUUCUUAUUGGCCGAUUUAGAUCGGUCUAUAUCUCUUCUUGUUGUGGUAAAUCUUUUUUCUAUUAGAAAAAUCGAAGUCUUGGAUAAUCAUCAAUUUGUUGGAGUCGGCGGUAACUUCCUGGAAAAGAUUGAUCUUGAGGCUAUUUCCGAUGAUCCAAGCGCUAAUUAGGAAGUUGCUCGCCCGACUCAUGUUGCAUAGAGAGGGGAACUUCUGUGCUUCCGUCUUUGGAUCAUACUAGUUCGGAGAUGUCGUCUGAUUCUUUCCAUUUGGUUGGAACUUGCAUUCGUGGAGGAUGAUAGAAUCUUUUGUGAACACUUGGAGGCGUCUGAUGCACAAAAUUGGUGGUAAUAAUUGGAUAGUGAACUCGAGUUGUCCGAUGAGGCUCCUCAAGUUUUCCCCGAGGAUCGUCAUCGUGGUGUUGGUUGUUGCUGCAUCGAUCUUAGGAGUUCUUACCCAUUCUUUUCUGCAAGGAGGAGCAUGGAUUGCUGCUGACCAGAAGCUUGGACUAGUUGUUGGACCUUUGUUGAAGGGGCCUGCUGAUCCCCCGGUUUUUGCAUAUUGGAUAUCGGGCACCGGCAGCCAAGGUCAGAAGAUGCUGAGGCUGUUGAAGGCAGUGUAUCACCCGAGGAACCGAUAUCUUCUCCACCUAGAUGCAGGUUCCUCAGCUGUUGAGAGGAGCAACCUGGCACGCUCGGUUCAAUCCGAAAGGCUCUUCAGAGCUUUCAGAAAUGUCAAUGUCAUCGGCCAAAGUUAUGCGGUCGAUCGAACAGGUCCAUCAGUACUUGCUGCAACACUUCAUGGGGCUGCAGUUCUGCUCAGGCUUAAUGCUGAUUGGGACUGGUUCAUUACCUUAAGCGCUUCGGAUUAUCCACUUGUUACCCAAGACGAUCUUCUUCAUGUUUUCGCUUCUUUGCCCCGGAAUCUGAACUUCAUUGAUCACACCAGUGAUCUUGGUUGGAAAGAGUAUGCUAGGUUUGACAAAAUUGUCGUAGACCCCAGUCUUUACAUGGACAAGAAUUCCCAAUUGCUUAUUUCUUCAGGAACACGUAAAACACCAGAUGCUUUUAAGAUAUUCACAGGUUCUCCAUGGGUGAUUCUUAGCAGAGCUUUUGUGGAGCAUUGCAUUCAGGGUUCCGAUAACCUCCCUCGGAAAUUACUCAUGUACUUUGCGAAUGUAGCCUACUCAAUGGAAUCCUACUUUCAAACUGUGAUCUGCAACUCUCCCGAGUUCCAAAACACAACGGUCAAUAAUGAUCUGAGAUACAUAGUUUGGGACAACCCACCAGGAUUGGAGCCUCUCUUUCUUAACCAAACACACUUCAAGGCCAUGAUAAAGAGCAGAGCAGCUUUCGCUAGGAAGUUUGUGGAAGAUGAUCCAGUGCUGAAGAAGGUGGAUAAGAGGAUACUAAAGCGUGUGCAAAGUGGAGUUGGUUUUGGACAGUGGUGCUCGAGCCGACCUGGAAACAAGAAGAACAAGUCGAAAGGUGAUGCCUGUUUAAGCUGGGGUGACAUCAACGUCGUUAAGCCAGGUCCAUCGGCGACGAGGUUAAAAAGCUUGGUUGCGGAGCUCAUUUCAGAGGACAAGCUGUAUUCGGACCAGUGUAAAUUUUGAUGAGAUGACCUGCUAUGAUUCAGCGAUUUGGCUCGUCGCUCUAAGAAUCAUUGUACAAUCAUUUGCAGCGUGCAGUUGAUGAACAAGCAUCCAUCAUGUCAAAUUGUUGUUGUGAUUAGUGCAGCCUACAUCAUGUGGUUAGUGAUUUGGGUAAUCAUCGUGCGACAGGUUUCGAUUCAAGGUACCAUGACCUAGAAGAAGUGAUACCGACUCUUUUAGUAUCCUUUAUAUAGAUUUAUGUUAGAGCAUUUUGAGUCACUUUACACUGUAGAUGGGUGGAGGGGGAUAAGAAGGAGAAUGUAAACACAAUUGCUUCUUAAGCAUUCAAAUGUGUCUUUGAAUGUCACAUUGAUUGUUUGCAUGACUAUUAGCCCACUUUGAUUCUUAUACGAAAAAGGCAUCUGUUUCACUGUUAAA